UAUGCUGGGCUAAAAAAUUCUAUUUAUAAAUGAGUUACAAAAAUUAAAGUUCAACUCCAUCAAAUUGCCGAGUCGGACCGAUGCAAUGGACUAGCGCAUAUUGACGGCUCUAGUGAGCUUCGAGAAUAUGGGAAAAAGUAGCACAAAAUAUAUAAAAUAUAGUUGCUAAAUGUUGAUUGAUCUCAAGUUUGAACGUGGCUACUUCUUCCACUUUCUAGAAAAAAAAAUAGUCAUCAAUAUUCUCCCCAACCCAAAAACUUCACUUAAUUCUUUCUCCAAAUGUUCUUCAAGGUUAUUCUCAAGGUAUAAUGAUUAUGUGUGGAAGUUUUCUUAGUUGAGGGUUUAUUGAAACUUUUGAAGGCUUUUAAAUUUGAUUUGAGGGCUUGAUUUACUGGAAUGGCAUGGUUUAGAGCUGGGUCUAGUGUGGCAAAGCUUGCCAUUAGAAGGGCUUUGUCUCAGGAUACUUCUUAUGUGCCAAGAGCUCGCAUUAUUCCAUCACAAAGUAGAUAUUUUCAUACCACUGUUGUAAGGCCAAAGGCGCAAGCUGCACCAGUCCCUAGGCCUGUACCACUUUCUAAGUUGACUGAUAGCUUCUUAGAUGGUACUAGCAGUGUCUACCUUGAAGAGCUUCAGCGGGCUUGGGAGCAAGAUCCAAAUAGUGUAGAUGAAUCAUGGGACAACUUUUUCAGGAAUUUUACUGGCCUAGCUGCCACCUCGCCUGGGAUUUCUGGCCAAACAAUUCAAGAAAGCAUGAAUCUUCUGUUGCUUGUGAGAGCUUAUCAGGUUAAUGGUCAUAUGAAAGCUAAAUUGGAUCCACUGGGUUUGGAGGAGAGGGAAGUCCCAGAUGUUUUGGAUCCAGCAUCAUAUGGGUUCACUGAAGCUGAUCUGGAUCGAGAGUUCUUCCUUGGUGUUUGGAGGAUGGCUGGUUUCUUGGCUGAGAAUCGCCCCGUGCAAACCUUGAGGGCAAUUUUGACAAGGCUUGAACAGGCUUAUUGUGGCAGCGUUGGUUUUGAGUACAUGCACAUUUCUGAUCGUGAUAAAUGUAACUGGUUGAGAGAACGAAUUGAGACUCCUACACUGAGGGAAUACAACCGCGAACGACGUGAAGUUAUUCUUGACCGGUUGAUGUGGAGUACUCAGUUUGAAAACUUCUUGGCCACCAAGUGGGUUGCAGCCAAGAGAUUUGGGCUUGAAGGUUGUGAGACCUUGAUUCCUGGCAUGAAGGAGAUGUUCGACAGAUCAGCUGAUCUGGGAGUCGAGAGCAUAGUAAUUGGGAUGCCGCAUAGAGGUAGAUUAAAUGUUUUAGGUAAUGUUGUUCGAAAGCCACUAAGGCAAAUUUUCAGUGAGUUCAGCGGUGGAACAAAACCUGUUGAUGGAGCUGGUUAUGUGGGAACUGGUGAUGUCAAGUAUCACUUGGGAACUUCUUAUGAUCGCCCUACUAGGGGUGGCAAGAGAAUUCAUCUAUCAUUGGUUGCAAAUCCAAGCCACUUGGAAGCUGUGGAUCCAGUCGUUGUUGGAAAAACUAGAGCAAAGCAAUAUUAUUCUAAUGAUGUGGAUAGAACGAAGAAUAUGGGUGUUUUGCUCCAUGGUGAUGGUAGUUUUGCUGGACAAGGUGUUGUUUAUGAGACAUUGCAUUUAAGUGCUCUUCCAAAUUACACAACUGGUGGGACCAUUCACAUUGUAGUGAAUAAUCAAGUGGCCUUUACAACUGAUCCAAAGGCUGGAAGAUCCUCUCAAUACUGCACUGAUGUUGCCAAGGCUUUGAGCGCUCCAAUUUUCCAUGUCAACGGUGAUGAUGUUGAGGGCGUUGUUCAUGCCUGUGAACUUGCUGCAGAAUGGCGCCAGACGUUUCACUCAGAUGUUGUGGUUGAUAUUGUCUGUUAUCGUCGAUUUGGUCACAAUGAGAUUGAUGAACCAUCCUUCACCCAGCCCAAGAUGUAUCAGGUCAUCAGAAAUCAUCCUUCUUCAUUGGAGAGCUAUCAAAACAAACUCCUACAAAAUGGUCAGGUGACAAAAGAUGAUGUGGAAAAGAUACAGAACAAGAUCAAUACGAUCCUUAACGAGGAGUUUGUUGCUAGUAAAGACUAUGUCCCUCAAAAAAGAGAUUGGCUUUCAGCUUUUUGGUCUGGGUUUAAGUCACCUGCACAGCUUUCACGUGUUCGAAACACUGGUGUCAAACCUGAGAUCUUGAAGGAAGUCGGGAAAGCAAUCACAUCCCUUCCAGAGGAUUUUAAGCCUCACAGAGCGGUUAAAAGGAUUUUUGAUGACCGUAAAAAAAUGAUCGAGACAGGGGAGGGAGUGGACUGGGCAGUGGGAGAAGCUCUUGCUUUUGCAACAUUGCUUGUGGAAGGAAAUCAUGUUAGGUUGAGUGGUCAGGAUGUUGAGAGAGGUACUUUCAGUCACAGACAUUCUGUUAUUCAUGAUCAGGAGACAGGGGCAAAGUACUGUCCUCUUGAUCAUGUUAUGAUGAACCAAAAUGAAGAGAUGUUCACCGUGAGCAACAGUUCUCUUUCAGAGUUUGGUGUUCUGGGAUUUGAACUGGGUUAUUCUAUGGAAAAUCCAAAUUCUUUGGUUCUUUGGGAAGCCCAAUUUGGUGAUUUCGCCAAUGGGGCUCAAGUAAUAUUUGACCAGUUCUUGAGCAGUGGAGAGGCCAAGUGGUUGCGCCAAAGUGGGUUGGUUGUGCUUCUACCACAUGGUUAUGAUGGCCAGGGUCCUGAGCAUUCCAGUGCCCGUUUGGAACGUUUCCUCCAGAUGAGUGAUGAUAACCCCUAUGUCAUUCCGGAUAUGGAACCUACAUUAAGAAAGCAGAUCCAGGAAUGUAACUGGCAGGUGGUGAAUGUGACUACUCCUGCAAAUUAUUUCCACGUCCUCAGGCGUCAGAUCCACAGAGAUUUCCGCAAACCUCUUAUUGUAAUGUCCCCAAAGAACUUGCUUCGUCACAAGGACUGCAAGUCAAACCUAUCUGAGUUUGAUGAUGUCCAAGGCCACCCAGGUUUUGACAAACAAGGUACCAGGUUUAAGCGCUUAAUAAAAGAUCAGAACGACCACUCAGAUCUUGAAGAGGGUAUCAAACGCCUGGUCCUUUGCUCUGGAAAGGUCUACUAUGAGCUUGAUGAGGAGAGAAAGAAAGUUGAGGGGAAAGACGUUGCAAUCUGUCGGGUGGAACAACUUUGUCCUUUCCCAUAUGACCUCGUUCAACGUGAAUUGAAGCGAUAUCCAAAUGCGGAGAUUGUUUGGUGCCAAGAAGAGCCAAUGAACAUGGGUGCAUACCAAUACAUUGCACCACGUCUUUCUACUGCGAUGAAAGAACUGGGCAGAGGUACCAUAGAUGACAUAAAAUAUGUCGGCCGUGGUCCUUCUGCCGCCACAGCUACUGGUUUCUACCAGGUUCAUGUGAAAGAACAGACCGAACUUGUCCAGAAAGCCUUGCAACAGGAUCCAAUUAAUCCACCAUUCUGAAGGUGAGGCUUUUGUUGUAUUCUUUGCACAAAGUACCAAGACUGAUGCUGAAAUAAAAUUUUUCAACUCCACACAGUAUUUUGAGGGUGUGGAAGUUUUGAUUCUUUGGGAAACAGGGACAAAUAAUUAUAUGUGCUCUUUCUUUAGAACUGUACAAAUAAAACUGUCAGAAACAAGUCUCUGUUCCUCCCUUUAAUUCGUCUGAGAGAACGAAGUCCACGAUUGGUUUACCGAGCUGCCUGUAUAUUUGUGAUCUUGUACUGUUUUAUGGGAUUACGCUGGCUAUGUUAUUGUUGUUGUUGUUUUACUCCAGUUUAUCAAUGACCAAUUUGAAAGAAAAAAAGAAUGAAAUGUAUCCUUGUUCCUCUAUAUUAUGUAUUUAUCUUUUUUUA